CGCCGUCCUUUUUUGUCCUUCUUUUCUUUCCUUUUCCUCAUUGACAACCUUCUCAUAUAGCACCAAAAACCCAGAUAAUAAACCAGCCAGACCAAACCGACAGAAAAAGAAGAAGGAAGCUUGAGUCGUAACAGAGGAUUAUCACUCGAUAAAUGGGUUGAAACAGAGAAAAAGUUGUUCUUUUGUUCAUCAACAGAUGCUUAUAAUCAAAACCCAGAAACCAUUUUUUCUUCAAAAAGAAUAAAAUUGAUCGCAACUUUGUGGUAGUUUUGUACGGUUACUAGGCUGCUCCUUGACGUAUUUGGACCGUUGGAUUAUUAUGAUCAGGAAAUAAGCACAGAGGGCUGAGAGGUUUCAAGAUUUUUAAUUUCUCAAUCUUAAAGUGGGUAGUUUGUAGUAGAAGAAACUUGUUUCGGGUUGAUCCAUCACCGAGUUCUCUGAAUUAAGAAUUCUUAUCCGUGGCCGGAAUCAGGAAUCGGUAUUGUUGAGGACUAAAGUCAUGGCAACUGUGAAGCGUACCGAUUCUAAAGGCAUGUACUCAUGGUGGUGGAACAGCCACAUAAGCCGGAAAAAUUCGAAAUGGCUCCAGGAGAAUCUCACAGAUAUGGAUACAAAGGUCAAGCAAAUGAUCAAGCUCAUUGAAGAAGAUGCUGAUUCCUUUGCUAGGCGAGCAGAGAUGUAUUACAAGAAGCGCCCGGAAUUAAUGAAAUUGGUAGAAGAGUUUUAUCGGGCAUACCGUGCAUUGGCUGACAGAUAUGAUCAUGCAACCGGGGUGAUUCGUCAGGCUCAUCGGACCAUGGCAGAAGUGUUCCCUAACCAAGUUCCCAUGGUAUUUGCAGAUGACAAACCGGGAGUUUCUGCUACUGAUGUAGAUCCCCGUACACCUGAGAUAACACCACUUGUACGUGCAUAUUUGGAGCCUGAUGAGUUGCAGAAGGAUGCUGUUGGAAUCUCUUCACUUUCUACCAAGAGGAUUGCAGCAUUCACUGAAGAAUCUGACUCUCCAGUGGUCAGAAAAGGUCUUAAACAUUUCUUUCAUGAUGUAGAGGAGAAAGAAAGAAGUCUGCAAGACAACGAGGUUUCUGACAUCAGGGUUCGAGUCCCUUCUGAGUCUGAACGAGUGAGUAAAGCUGAGAUGGAGAUUUUUACCUUGAAGAAUGCUCUUGCGAGAUUAGAAGCUGAAAAAGAAGCUGGCCUAUUUGAGUACCAACAGAGCUUGGAGAGAUUGUCCAAUCUAGAGAAAGAAUUCUCUCGUGCAGAAGAAGAUUCCAAGGGGCUUAAUGAACGAGCAAGUCAAGCUGAAGCUGAAGUUCAGACUUUGAAGGAUGCCCUCACCAAAUUAGAGGCCGAAAGAGAAUCUAAUCUUGCACAAUACCAGCAGUGCUUGGAGAAGAUCAAUAAUCUCCAGAAUAGUAUUUCUAAUGCUCAAAAAGAUGCUGGAGAACUGAGUGAGCGAGCUAGUAAAUCCGAGACAGAAGCUCAAGCUUUAAAGCAGGACCUUGCUAGAGUAGAAGCUGAAAAGGAGGAUGCUCUUGCUCGAUACAAGCAGUGUUCAGAGGCAAUAAGCAAUCUGGAAGAAAAACUAUUGAAUGCUCAAGAAAGUGUCAGCAGGAUGGCAGAAAGAGCAGAGAAGGCUGAAAGUGAAGUUGUGACUUUAAAGCAAGUAGUUCUUGAGCUGACCAAAGAUAAGGAAGCAGCAGCUCUUCAGUACCAGCAGUGCUUGGAGAUUUUUGAUAUCCUGGAAAAAAGACUUAAAUGUGCGGAGGAGGAGGCUCAAAAGCUCAAAAGUGAGUUGGAUGAUGGGGCUGAUAAGUUAAAAGGUGCUGAAGUAAGGUGUAGCCUGUUGGAGAAAACCAAUCAGAGUCUGCAUACCGAGGUGGAGUCUUUGGUGAAGAAGAUGGGGGAUCAAAGCCAGGAAUUAACAGAGAAACAGAAGGAGUUGGGGAGACUUUGGACCUCCAUACAAGAGGAACGCCUGAGAUUUAUGGAGGCUGAAACAGCAUUUCAAACUCUGCAGCAUUUGCACUCUCAAUCUCAGGAAGAACUCAGAUUUCUCGCCAUGGAGCUUCAGAACAGGACUCAAAUUUUACAGGACUUUGAAACUCGUAAUCAGGGUUUGGAGGAUGAACUACAGAAGGUCAAGGAGGAGAAUUCGAGCCUGAACGAACUCAGUUUAAGUUCAGCUGUGUCUAUCAAGAAUUUGCAAGAUGAGAUUUUAAGCUUAAUGGAGACUAUAGCAAAACUUGAGGCUGAAGUUGAACUUAGAGUGGACCAAAGAAACGCUCUUCAGCAAGAAAUUUACUGUUUAAAAGAGGAGCUCAAUGACUUAAACAAAAGACACCAGGAUAUGACAGUGCAGCUGGAGUCAGUUUGCUUAAAUCCAGAAAACUUUGCAUCCUCUGUGAAGGAAUUGCAGGAUGAGAACAUGGAGCUUAAAGAUGUCUGCGAAAAAGAAAGAGAUGAAAAGAUGGCCCUCCUGGAGAAGCUGAAAAUCAUGGAGAAACUUAUUGAGAAGAAUGCCCUUUUAGAGAAUUCACUCUCGGAUUUGAAUGUCGAAUUAGAAGGUGUUCGGGGGAGAGUAAAGACGUUGGAAGAAACCUGUCAAUCACUUUUGAGAGAGAAAACCACCCUUGCUGCUGAGAAGGACACACUCAUUUGUCAGUUACAGACUGCAACAGAGAAUCUGGAGAAGUUUUCUGAGAAGAAUAACUUUCUGGAGAAUACCCUUUCUGAUGUUAAUGCCGAACUUGAAGGGUCGAGGGAAAUAUUAAGGAGCUUAGAAAACUCCUGCAUGUUGCUUGAUGAUGAGAAGUCUGGUCUGAUAACAGAGAGAGAAGGUUUGGUUUCUCAGUUGGAUGUCAGUCAGAAAAGGCUGGAAGAUUUAGAGGAAAAAUACAAGGGACUAGAAGAAAAAUAUGUAGUUCUGGAGAAAGUGAGAGAAUCAACACUUCGUGAAGUGGAAGAGCUGCAAAAGUCAUUAGGGGCUGAAAUGCAAAAACAUGCCAGUUUUGUGCAGUUGAGUAAAACCCGAGAAACUGCUAUGGAAUCUCAGAUCCAUUUUCUGCAAGGUGAAAGUCUAUUCAGGAAGAAAGAAUCUGAAGAGGAGCAAGACAAGGCCAUGAAUGCUCAAGUAGAAGUUUUCAUCUUGCAGAAAUGUGCACAAGAUAUGGAAGAGCAGAAUUUGUCCCUAUUGCUCGAGUGUACGAAACUCUUGGAAGCCUCCAAAUUAUCAGAAAAACUUAUCUCUGAAUUGGAGCUUGGAAAUUGUGAAAAGCAGAUGGAGAUAAAAUCCUUAUUUGAUCAAAUUACCAUACUGAGAGUGGGGCUUUAUCAGGUGUUGAGGACUCUUGAUGCUAAUGGUAUCCAUGGUUACGAUGAUAAGAUCAGUCAAGACCAAUCAGUUCUUGAACGUGUAUUUGGCAGACUCCAAGAGAUGCAAAAUUCACUUCUAAAGUCUCUGGAAGAAAAUCAGCAAUUCAUAAUUGAGAAUUCAGUUCUUAUUGCACUGCUCGGGCAACUGAAACUAGAGGCUGAAAAUCUUGCUGCAGUGAAGAAUUCACUGCUCAAGGAGUUGAAUGUUCAGUCUGAGCAGUUUUUGAAGAUGCAGAUCAGAGCUGAAAAACUUGCGGAUAUGAAUGAAGUACUGAGAUCAAAAGUGGUAGAGGGAGGCCAAAGAGAAGAAAGUUUGCAGACUGAAUUGAUGAGUGUUCGUGGGCAACUGUUAGCCUUGCAAAGGCAAUAUCAGACGUCACUGGAAGACAACUGCAAGGUGCUAAAUGAGAAAAGAUCUUUGAUGAAGGAAGUUUUAGACUUGGACAAGCAGAAACAUGAUCUAGAAGAGGAAAACUCUGCUGUAAUUUCUGAAGCGAUAUCUCAAAGUAACAUUUCUCUUAUUUUGAAGGAUAUUAUUGUUGAUAAUUUUGAAGAUAUAAAGUAUCUCAGUGACAAUCUGAGUAAACUCAAAUGUGUCAAUAGUGAUCUCGAGGGAAAAUUGAAGAUAAUGGAGAAGCAGCUUGAAGAUAUACAAAUGGAAAACUCAAAUCUCAAUGAUGCCAUGAAAAAAUUGAACAAUGAACUGGUUUCAGUUAGAUCUGUUGGUGAUCAGUUAAAUGCUGAAGUUGCAAAGAGAAAGGAUUUGCUGUGCCAGAAGGAGAUUGCACUACUGGAAGCAGAACAAAUGCUCGGUGCAAUUCAAGAGGAGAGAGCCCGACUUCAUAAAGUUUUGGAGGAUCUGCAGACUAAAUAUGAGGAGGUCAAGCGGAUAGGAGAAGAUCAAAAGAAGCAAAUUAUGAAACUCUCUGGGGACUAUGAUCAUCAAAGUAAGGAGACUGAAAGCAUUCGUCAGGUCAAUCAGAAACUUGAGGUUGAACUGUUGAUAUUGAACGAGGAACUUGAAGAAAGCAAACAUACGGAGGAGAGUUUGAGCCUUGAACUAGAAAAGGGAAGAAAUGAAGUUGAAAUUUGGGAAACUCAGGCUGCUGCAUGGUUUGGUGAGCUACAUACUUCAGCUGUCCGUGAAGCAAUUUUUGAAGAGAAGGCUCGUGAGCUCAGUAAGGAGUGUGAUGUCCGUGAAAGUAGAAGAAAUUCCAAAGCUAUGGAGGUAGAAGAGCUGGAAAGAAGUGUUAGAAUCUUGGAAAGUGAGAAUGAAGGGCUUAAAGCUCAGUUGGAAGCAUAUGUUCCUGCAAUUGUUUCUCUAAUGGACAGCUUGACAUCUUUGGAGAGUCGAACUCUCCUGCACCCUAAACUUCCCUCAGAUCAUACUGAAUUAAAGGAUGCCGAUCUGGGAGCUGAAUUGCAUGCUGAAAACUCUCAACAAACAAGUGAAGGUCAAAUUGCCCUGGUUCCUGAUGGUUUCUCCGACUUGCAGGGUAUCCAUAUGAGAAUUAAAGCUAUUGAAGAAGCAGUUCUGGAAAUGGAAAAGCUUGCAAUGCUGGAAAACUUAAAUCUCAAUUCCAAACUAGAGAAUGCUACGAAACAGAUUGAAGAGUUAAAAUUUGGAAGCAGCUCUAGUCGAGAAAGUGUUAGAGCAAAGAGGCAGAUAAAUGCUAGACAAGAAGGGGAAGAACUUGGCUAUCGGCUCAGUAACAAUGUCAACGUCCAGAGACCAACUCCUGAAAUAUCUGAGGAAAACGAGAUGAUGACAAAAGAUAUCAUACUUGAUCAGAUAUCUGAGUGUUCAUCCUAUAAUUUAAGUAGGAGAACCGCUGCAGAGAUUGAUGCUCAGAUGUUCGAAUCGUGGGAAACUACCAACUGUGAUGCUAAUGUUGACUUGGAAGUAAGCAAGGCCCAAAAAAUGGCCACUGCACCAACUGACUACCAAAAAAUUGGAACAGUGAAGGCACGCAAAGGCAGAACUCCGUCUACAGAAUCUCUUGUGAAGGAGUUGGGUGUAGAUCAAGAGAGUUCUAAUAGAUUUUCAGAGCCCAACCACGACGGAAGCAAGAGGAAGAUUUUGCAAAGACUUGAUUCUGAUGCAAAAAAGUUGGCUAACCUUCAAAUAACUGUGCAGGACCUGAAGAAGAAGGUAGAGAUAACCGAGACAAGCAAUAAGGGGAAAGGAAUUGAAUAUGGUACAGUGAAAGAGCAGCUAGAAGAAGCUGAGGAAGCCAUCAUGAAGCUAUUUGAUGUGACCCGCAAUUUCAUAACACAUGUUGAAGAUGGUUCCUGGUCUUUUGAUGUGAAAUCUGCACUAGAACCAGAUGAUAAUUUGAAUGUAACGAGGCGGAGAAUAUCAGAACAAGCUCGAAGGGGGUCUGAAAAGAUUGGCCGGUUGCAGUUGGAGGUGCAGAAGAUACAGUUUCUCUUAUUGGAUAUUGAUGAUAAACAAAAAAGCAAAGCACAAACCAGAAUUUCUGAGUACAAAAGAAGAGUUUUAUUGCGGGACUAUCUUUAUGGUGGGGUAAAAACCAGUCAGAAGAAGACGAAAUCACACUUUUGCUCAUGCGUGCAACCCCCAACUAAAGAAAAAUGAGGCUAUCACUCGUCAUCGGCACAAUACAUUUUAAGUAGUUUACCAGUAAUUUAACUUAAGUUGCAUUGUCCAUAAAUCUGUCUUACUAGUUGUGUUUUACUUAUAUUUAUUUUCUUAUACAAGCAUUCUUCUUCUUUUACUUUUUAAGAGAUUUCCUGCUGUAUAUUACAGGCACUAUCUCAUUGAAGAAGCUGCACUUUUAUAGCCUAAAAGUUUCCUUCUGUAUAUGUGUUUUUACUUUGGCAUAAAUAUGGAUUUCAAUACCAACUAUUUUCUUCAAAAUCGAUAUAUGUUGGUUUC